AUGAAAUACAUAUUAGUAUCAAUUAUAUUAGUGUUAACAUUUAGUAAUUCAUGUAAAUCUUCAUUAUUCGAAAGUGACUCUUGUUAUUCUUUUGGAAGCGGCAAUGUUUUCCCUGGUGGUGCAAGAAAAAUUGAUCACAAAUUACAAUUCACUAAGGCUAUGAUUUCUAAGCCGGCACCGGAAUGGGAAGCUACUGCAGUUGUCAAUGGAGAAAUUACACAGCUUCAUUAUCAAGCUUCAGAGGGAAAUAUUUAGUAUUUUUCUUCUAUCCUCUAGAUUUCACUUUUGUUUGCCCUACAGAAAUCUUGGCGUUUUCUGAAAGAGUUGACGAAUUUAGAAAAAUAAACACAGAAGUUGUAGCAUGUUCGGUUGAUUCUCAUUUUACUCAUCUUGCUUGGAUAAACACCCCACGCAGAGAAGGGGGUCUGGGAAAAAUUAAUAUUCCGCUAUUGAGCGACUUAACUCACUCGAUUGCCAAGGACUAUGGUGUUUACCUAGAGGACGUAGGCCACACUUUGAGAGGCCUGUUCAUUAUUGAUGAUAAGGGUGUUUUGAGGCAGAUUACUAUGAAUGAUUUACCAGUUGGAAGAUCAGUUGAUGAAACUUUAAGACUUGUACAAGCAUUCCAGUAUACUGAUAAGCACGGUGAAGUGUGUCCUGCAGGGUGGAAACCAGGCCAAGAUACGAUUAUACCCAACCCAGAUGAAAAGAAAAAGUACUUUGAAAAAGUGGCGAAAAAUUAA